CGUCGUUUGCUGAUUCCAAAAUCGCUAAGUUCGCAGCAAGCUUUCAGGAUUCCGCGAUAAAUUAUUAGCAUAUAUUUAAUGACGAUUUAAGAGAUUAGAUGAAACAUUGUACUUCGCACUUUCGAACCCCAUUGAGAAAUUUGUUAAAUAUACGAAAAAUGCAAGAUGUCAAAAAAUAUAAUUAAGAAAAUACCUGGCGAUAUACCACCUCAUUCGAAAAAGGAAAGCCAAGGUUAUAUCGAGGAUUUAGGGAAAAAACAAAAGUUUGAAUUGGAGGAACUUUUGGAAAGGCAGAAUAAAAUUCUUGCAAACAAAAGAUUUAUCUCAAAGCUUCCAGAUAAAGGAGAGAAAAUUGUAAGCUUCCGUGAUAAGUUAUUGAAAGAACUUGAGCAUAGAAAUGAAGUAGAGACAGCAGCUAACUUGCUAUCGCGACUUAAUAUAGCAUCCGUAGGCAAAGUAGCCAUGACUAAAUUAGAAUGGACAGGAAAAUACAAUGACGAGAAUGAUGAAAAUACAACCAAGAUUGUUGAACUAGACAGUGAUGAUGAAGAAGAUCCAUUCAAAAUAUUAGCUCAGCCUACAGGAACUGGUAUUCACAAGAAAAAGAUUAUACAUGUAACACAUGAAGAAAGUCUAAUCAAGCCAGAAGACAUAAUAGAAGUUGAAUCCUUUAAAACAGACGAUUGCUUAGAAAUAGAACAUGUAAAAUAUAUCAUUGACAAAGUAGAAAAAACACAAGAAACAAACAAAAAAAAAGAACCGUUUAAGCCAUAUAAAACAACUAAAAGCAAUGUGCAUGAUCCAACGAAAGAAAAACAAAGGAAACUGCCUAAAAACUGGGAGGUCACAGCAGCUACACCACCUCUUACAAUUCAUGGAGCAACAAGAGUCUUAAGCAUUAAUGAAUCUUUAAAAUUUUUUUUUCAAAAUGUUUUUAGAAAACUUCAGGAACCAUUUCUAUAUAUUUUUACAUAAUUAAUUUUAAAUAUAUAUUUUAAUAUUUAACAGAAAAUUCAAGCAAAACAUGCAAUAGAACGUUUGACUAAUCAAAUAGGAAUGCACAGUAUUGGUCCUAUACCACAAAAUAUUGGAAAUUAUCACUUCCGGCAUACAAAUAAUUUAGUUUCUUCAUCUUCUUCUUCCGAGGAUGAGGAAGAACAUGAAGUGCUAGAUGAAGAGGAUAAUGAUAGAGGUGGAACAGUUGUAUUUACCGUGGAUUCUAUAGAGAGUUAACAUUAUACAUAUUUUAGAUGUACAUAUGAAUAAUUAUUAGUUUUAAAGAGUAUUAAUUUAUAUUUUCAUUAAUAAAAUUUUUUUAAUGAUGGAA